UGCACUUCUCAUAUAGCAGCCACCAAAUUAACCCUCCAAAAUACUACAGCUGAAAAAUGAUGGCCAAACUCCUGCUGGUAAUGAUUGCUUUAUCCUCGUGUUACUGUUCAGCCCAAGUUGUACAACCACCAUCGCCACCGAAAAGCGCCACCCCUCCAGCGGCAGCGCCAUCGACCGCCGCCCAAGAGUACCUCGAUGCACACAACCAAGCAAGGGCGGAAGUGGGUGUUGCUCCUCUCAAGUGGAGCCAGCAGCUAGCCAAAACUGCCAGCCUCCAGGUCAGGUACCAAAGGGACAGACAAAACUGCACUUUUGCAAACUUGACCAAAAGCAUCUACGGCGGCAACCAGUUGUGGGCUGGUGGUAUGGCCGUAACGCCACGGGCUGCAGUGGCGACAUGGGUGGCGGAGAAGAAGUUCUACACUUAUGCAGACAAUUCUUGUGCGCCGGACCACCGUUGCGGCGUUUACACGCAGGUGGUGUGGAAGAAAUCAGUGGAAGUAGGGUGUGCACAAGCUUCAUGUAGUAAAGAACAAGCUAGUUUAACAAUAUGUUUUUAUAAUCCACCUGGAAAUGUAAUUGGAGAGAAACCCUACUAAGCUGGAUGCAUCAUUGUAAUGAAGCAACUUAUUUUAGAUGAAUGUUACUUACGUGGUUUUGAAUUA